AGAGAUUUGGGAACUCUGUUGAGCUGCGGUACCAGCUGUUAGAGCAAAAUAAACUAAGUGGCAACUCGCUGCCGUUAUUAUAUUUAAUACCUGCGUACCUGUCAAAUUCAAACGCACAAUCUUAUCAAAAUGCGCGUAACUUUGAGUCGGUUGGCUAGUUUUUCGGCAAAAUUGAAGGAAGUGCGUAUUAUUCUGGAUCCCAACGAUAAGGCCUCCAAAGGCGCCAGGAAAUAUGUUGAAAGAUUUUAUCCCAAUUUAAAAAAGAGCAAUCCUAAUCUACCUAUUUUGGUAAGAGAGUGUGCUGGCGUAAAACCAAAACUCUGGGCUCGCUAUGAAAAUGGCCAGGAAGUUUCAAUUCCACUAUCAAAUCAACCAGCUCCAGACAUACAAAAAACAAUUGGAGGCGGUGGGCAAAUGAUGUAGUGCGGCAGCCAUAAUAUUACCAAAAUUAUUGAAGUUUAGACCAAAUAAAAACAAAUAGGUUUUAAACUUUGUCUUGUAUUUUAUGUUGUAUACUUGUAGUAAGUACAUUGUCUAUAUUAUUUGUUUUGUUUAAUUUAGUAAUGACAUUUAGCGACAUUAGGUACACAUGAUUAGUCGACAAUCAACAAAGCGAUUAAUUAAAUUAGUUCUUAAAUGGUGGCAGGCCAAACAACUCGGGCUGGAAAUCCUCCAGAGAGCUCAACACUUGCGUCGCAUGAGAGCAACGAUCCGGCGACAAUCGGGAAUCCGGCACCAUGAUCACCUGCAUUCCAGCACUCUCGCCAGCCGUAACGCCAUUCGGAGAAUCCUCAAACACCAAACAGUUGGCGGGCUCGGGUUUAUCCGCAAACCGAUCGGCGGCAAUGAGGAAAAUAUCUGGCGCUGGUUUGCCAUUCUUUACCUCCUUGUCCGACGAGCCGCACACACGAUGAUUGAACAGAUCGAAGAGUUCGCGGUGCUUGCGCGUCUUCAGUUCGACCAUUUCAGCGCCCGAGCUGG